GAACAAAUCCCUCCCACCAUACACACCCCAUUGCAUAUCACCAAAAAAAAAAUUAUAAAAGAAAAGGGCUUCCUCGUAGACCUACCUUACUCACAUUUUAACCUCAUUCAAACUAUUUUCACCCCUCAAAUUCUACAAAAACACCAACGAUGAAGUCUCAGGUCACACUCCUGCUCAUCUGCAUGCUUUUCUCCAAAGUGCUGUCACUGACUUGUCAACAGUGUAUUCCAAAAUCAUCUGAAAAAUGCACAGAAGAACAGGUGACCUGUGCAGAUCAGUGUCUCACUGCAACCACUUCUCUGUACGGGGUGGUGAAAGGGUGUCAGAUGUUAAUGUGAAGACUUGCGGCACCGCAGAGACAUGUGUAACCGGGAGCAUGAACCUGGGAGCGAUGAAAAUAGUCAACAAUUCCAAAUGCUGCAAAACUGAUCUCUGCAAUGCUGAAACACUGCCAGCUCUUCGGAAGCAGGCUCCCAAUGGGAGAUCGUGUUAUAGCUGUGAUCAUAACGGCUGCUCAGUAACAGUAAACUGUGAAGGACUGAAGAUCGCUGUGUCACUGCAUCAGUUCAACAAGGGAGCAAUACCAUCUCUAUGUGGUGAAAGGGUGUCAGAUGUUAAUGUGAAGACUUGCGGCACCGCGGAGACAUGUGUAACCGGGAGCAUGAACCUGGGAGCGAUGAAAAUAGUCAACAAUUCCAAAUGCUGCAAAACUGAUCUCUGCAAUGCUGAAACGGCUCUGAAGCAGGCUCCCAAUGGGAGAUCGUGUUACAGCUGUGAUGCUAACAGCUGCUCAGAAACAGUGAACUGUGAAGGAAGUGAAGAUCACUGCAUCAGUGCAUCAGGCUUCCCCCAGAACUUACUCACAUUUGAAGACAAUCUGCUUGAUCUUCACACCUCAACUUCUACAGAAACACCAACAAUGAAGUCUCAGGUCACACUCCUGCUCAUCUGCAUGCUUUUCUCAAAAGCACUGUCACUGAAUUGUCAAGGGUGUUCAACAUUAUCUGUACCAUGUUCCAAUGCACUAACUGUCACAUGUCCAGAUCAGUGUCUCACUACAACCUUUUCUGUGAACAUGAGUGGUACAACACUGACAAAUUGGUAUUUGAAGGGGUGCAGCGUGAAAGAACUGUGUGGAAACGGAAGCCUGAACCUGGGAGUGGUGAAAGCAACUAACAACGGCCAAUGCUGCAGCACUGACGGCUGUAACACUGAAACUCCAUCAGUUAUUCCUAAGAAGGAUCCCAAUGGGAGAACGUGUUACACCUGUGAUGCUAACAGCUGCUCAGAAAAAUUGAGCUGUACAGGAAAUGAAGAUCGCUGCAUCACUGGAUCAAUUCAACCAUCCGGCAAUACCGUGCCUCUGAAAGGAUGUGCGUCCCAGAACCUCUGUACUGAGUCUAGUUCAGUAACCCUGCUGGGAAUCACUUUUACAGAUGUGAAGUGUUGUGAGGGGAAUCUGUGUAACGGUGCUGAGACCUUCACACUGAGUUUCCUCCUCAUGCUCAUCCCUCUGCUCUCCUCCGUCCUCUUCUACUGAGCUCAGAGCUAACAAAGCUCCUUUAAAGUUUUAUCUAAUGCAAAUGUUUUAAUGGAAGUAUAAGGGUAAUAGAAAUACAAGUUUAUUUUUGGUUGUUUAAGAUUUUGUUCAUUUGUCUUAGUGCUACCUGAGUUAUAGAUUACACUUCUGUUUGUAGAUCAAUUAUGAAAUCAAAAAGUCUUUAAACUUUAAGCAGCAACAUCCACAUAAAUGGUCUAACAAGUAGGAAAUGGAAUAUUUCUAACUCAGGACUAUAAAUUGUAUUCUAUUUUUCUUUAGCAAAAGCUUUAUUGUAAGAUAACCAAACUGCUUUGUGGUGUACAUGCUUAUUAAAUAUAUGUAAUAAAAGAACACGCAGAUAUA